GGGAGUGGAGAGGAGACAAGGGGGCAUUUUCACAGCAGCUCCACUUCGCAAAAUAAUCAUCCCGUCUAUGCUGAUAGAUAUAUUUAAUUAAAAAACAACUUUUAAAAAAUAAGCAUCUGUGCAAGUUGGACCAAGAGUUAGUCAAGAGAGAGAGAGAGUGCCACCAAACUGCUUGGGCGAAAAAGGGAUGAGAGUGUGCAGACCUGGGAGUGCAAAUAUUUCUAAAUGAAUAAUCGAAAGGAAGACAUGGAGAUUGCCUCCCAUUAUCAUCAUCUGCUUCAAGAACUCAAUGAACAAAGGCAGCAUGGUAUCCUCUGUGAUGUUUGUAUUAUAGUGGAGGGAAAGAUUUUCAAGGCUCAUAAAAAUAUUUUGCUUGGGAGUAGUCGUUACUUCAAGACAUUGUAUUGUCAGGUGCAGAAGACCUCUGACCAAGCAACAGUCACUCAUUUAGAUAUUGUAACAGCACAGGGGUUUAAAGCAAUCAUUGACUUCAUGUAUUCAGCACAUCUUGCAUUGACCAGCAGGAAUGUUAUUGAGGUGAUGUCAGCUGCUAGCUAUCUUCAAAUGACUGAUAUUGUGCAAGCUUGUCACAAUUUCAUAAAGGCUGCUCUUGACAUAAGCAUAAAGUCUGAUGCAUCGGAUGAUCUUAUUGAUUAUGAAUUUGGGGCUUCCUCUAGCAGCAAUACAGAUGCUCUGAUUUCUGCUGUGGUAGCUGCUAGGAGCAUAUCUCCCUGGUUGGCUCGAAGGACAAGCCCAGCAAACUCCUCUGGUGAUUCAGCUAUUGCUAGUUGUCAUGAAGGAGGAAGUACAUAUGGAAAAGAAGAUCAAGAACCAAAAUCAGAUAGUCAUGAUGACAUUUCAUCCCAGUCUCUUUGGUCUAGUGAUUUGGGCUAUGGGACUUUGCGUAUCAAAGAAGAACAGAUCUCUCCACCUCAUUAUGAAGGAAAUGAAUUACAGUCUGCCAAAGAUAGUGCAAUGCAGAAUGCUUUCUCAGAACAAGGAGCUGCAGAUGGGUGGCAGCCUACAGGGCGUAGAAAGAAUAGAAAAAAUAAGGAUACUGUGCGCCAUAUUACACAACAACUUGGAGUUGACAGUAGGACAACCUCACCAGUGCCACCCUUUCUAACUGCCCCUGGAUGGCCAUACAGUAAUCAAGAAGCAAGUAAGAAUGUUUCAUUCAAUUUCUAUGCAAUUAUAUAAUACGCAUG